AUGGACGAGAAAGACCCCAAGAUGUUCGAGGAGGUUGCUGCCCCUGCCCCUGGCAAGGCUGGAGAAAUCGCGGUCGCUCCUCCUACAGACUACAGCGCACCCAAGGCGAAGACUGAGCAACUCGAGAACGCUCACGGCUGGGAGUCGGAUAACCUGAUCCACAACCUCGAGAAGGAACUCGAGCAGUCUGGCUACAAGAGGGGUAUCUUUGACAUUGAAUUCAAGAACCCCAAGCACUUCACAUGGCUCCUCGUCGCCUUCGCGUCUAUGGGUGGUCUGCUUUCUGGACUCGAUCAAUCGCUUAUUUCCGGUGCCAACCUGUUCUUGCCUAAGGAUCUCAACCUUACCGACCAGCAAAACUCCCUAGUCAACUCUGGCAUGCCCCUUGGUGCUGUCGCUGGUGCUUUCCUCAUCUCUCCCUGCAACGAGUACUUCGGUCGCCGCUGGGCUAUCAUCAUCUCUUGCAUUCUUUACACCAUCGGUGGUGCGCUCGAAGCUGGCUCCAUGAAUUAUGGCAUGAUCGUCUCUGCUCGUGUUAUCCUCGGCGCUGGUGUCGGUCUUGAGGGAGGUACAGUCCCCGUGUACGUCGCCGAGACUGUCGAGAGUCGCCUCCGUGGUAACCUGGUUUCCCUCUACCAAUUCAACAUUGCCCUUGGUGAGGUCCUCGGAUACGCUGUCGCUGCCAUGUUCGUCAGUGUUCCUGGUAACUGGCGGUACAUUCUCGGCUCCUCGCUCGUCUUCUCCACCAUCAUGGGUGUCGGUAUUCUCUUCAUGCCCGAGUCCCCCCGCUUCCUCAUGCACAAGGGCAAGACCCUCGAGGCUUUCAAGGUCUGGCGCCGCAUCCGUGGCAUCGAGACACUUGAGGCGCGUCAGGAGUUCUUCGUCAUGAAGGUGAGCACUGAGGAGGAGGAGGCUGAGGUCGCCGCCGGCCGCACCAACCGCUUUCCCUGGAUGGAUUUCUUCACCAAACCUCGUGCUCGCCGGGCCAUCGUCUACGCCAAUAUUAUGAUAUUCCUCGGUCAAUUUACUGGAAUUAACGCAAUUAUGUACUACAUGUCGGUUUUGAUGUCCCAGGUUGGAUUCAACGACUACGACGCUACCUACAUGUCCCUUGUUGGUGGUGGUUCCCUUCUUCUUGGCACCAUCCCCGCCAUUUUCCUCAUGGAAACGUGCGGCCGUCGUUUCUGGGCUAUUGCCAUGCUGCCCGGUUUCUUCGUCGGUCUGGUCCUCGUCGGUGCUAGCUACCAUGUUGCUGAAGGCAAUCUUCAGGGCAAACUGGGUCUCUACUUCACCGGCCUAAUUCUCUACGAGCUCUUCUUCGGUUCCUACGCAGCGCUCACAUGGGUCAUUCCCUCAGAGGUCUACCCCACUUACCUCCGUUCCUACGGUAUGACCACCUCCACCGGAUGGCUAUUCCUGUCUUCCUUCAUCGUCACCUACAACUUCACCGGCAUGCAGAAGGCAUUCACCAGCACUGGUCUGACGCUCGGCUUCUAUGGCGGCAUUGCAGUGCUCGGCUGGUUCUACCAGAUCUUCUUCAUGUACGAGACCAAGAACAAGACGCUCGAGGAGAUUGACCAGCUGUUCAUGAAGCCUACAAGCCAGCUUGUCAAGGAGAACGCGAAGAGCGCCGCUGGUGUCACCAAUGAUCUGCUGCACGGCAGGUUCAAGAAGGUGUUCAUUGAGAACAACCGGACCGAGGCCGAGUACUAG